UACUAGCACUCCGUGUACAACGACUACUUAUAGUAGUUCAGAUGGUAAAAAAAGUAAUAAACCUAGUAGUUAUAAAAGAAGAAAUCGGUUUAGUAGAAGAGAUAUAUGUUUAAUUGGGCCAUAUGGUACAAAGCCGUGGGUUGUCAAGGUUAGCAAUUUGACUUGGAAUUGUGGAGAAGGUGAUGGUUUUAAGUACCGAACUUGCGAUAAAGACCUCUAUAAAGACACUCUGUUAGGUUCUAGUGAUGUUCCUGAUCGACUUAAAGACCAAGGUCCACCAAGUGGUAUAUAUCUUGUGAUAACCGGUAAUGAUAAAUCAGGAAAGCGAGCGUCUACUUCAGAUGCUGCUCCGAUAAAUGUUAACAAUCAGGGUGCCGCUGCUCCACCAGCCGCUGCUCCAGCCGCCGCUCCAGCUGCUGCCCCAGCUGCUGCUCCAGCCGCUGCCCCACCUGCUGCUCCAGCCGCUGCCCCACCUGCUGCUCCACCUGCUGCUGCUCCAGCAAAUACAACAACGAUCCUGGCUACAACAGCAGCCCUGACAACUACAAUAGCAGCCCUUGCAAAUACAACAACGAUAGCUCCCCCUCCAGCAGCUGCCUCGCCGACGGCAUAG